CCGUCACUUCGCUGCAUGGUGAGCAUUUGCCCUCGUUCAAAGUUUCUAAUCAGGCAGAACUUGUCAAGACAUGGCCCGUGCUUCGAUUUUUAUUGAAGUUUAAGUCUGAGAAUACCUUUUAAUAUCACGGGUCCAAGCUCGUCGAUGAUGCAGAAACCUUGGAAUAUGAGAACUUUGAUCGGUAAGAUGAUGAGCCCAGGCUUCCCCAAAUCACUUCGCAAGGUUAUGCACAGGAAGUAUUUAACAUCUCCCCCUGCUGCGUAUACAACGCCUCUGUCAGAGAGAUUUCAUCUUUACUUGUCAUCACUCGACACCGAAAACACCCCAGAAGCGCCGUCUGAAACCCACCGACAGCAGGAAAUCAUACCUAUCCAAUUUCAGCCAACAUGCGCCUACCGACAUUGCUGGUGUUUUCCGCCGUCUCCGUGGCCGCGUCCGCACAGGACUGGGCCCCCUGCGCGGGCUACGUGACCGACGUCUGGAACGACUACACCAAAUGCACCUGCCAGGCGUCGAUGGAAUGCUAUUCGGCCGACGGCUUCACCUUCUGGCGGUCGAGGCUCGACUGUAGCGCCAUCACCCCGGGCUACAAGGUCCGGGCCGUCGUCAACAUCCCUUACUGGUUCGACGACCAUUCGGAUUGGCUCGAGGCACCGGGCACGGUGUAUUCCGACGUGGACACGAACUCGACCCCCACCAAUUGCUACGUCGACGUGACCACCACCUAAAGGGGAGAAGGUGGCGCCGACGGAGGAUGGAGGUGGACAAAACGAGAAUCACACGAGGUGAAGAGAAGGGUGUAAAUAAACUUACCGAAACCGGAGAGAGGAAAUCAUGUACGAGAUAUCAAAGCUAUAUGAAUGAACAGGAUGAGGUUGAACUCUUUUGUGACACCUCAAAGUACCCUUGGAGGCAUCUAUUCCCUGGUAUCAAACCAUUUCCCAAACAACAUCCUUCAUUCCAGCUCGUCCAUCAUGAUGGGUGAUGCCGAGAUGACGAAAUGACCAAUACUAUGCAUACCCCAUACGGUAGUCCCAACGUUGGGCUUACGUGGCCCCGGAAGGAUAACACCGUAGAGGGUUAUAGUGGAAAGAGUAAAACCCCUGUCUCAGAAUCUCUCAAGACACCACUGCCGGCCAUUUUUUGUCUCUUCACAAAACUUCUUUGGGUGUUGAGUUGUGCAUAAACGAGUUUCAUUUGCUCAUCAUUGGCAUUUCCGGUAUAUUCGGUCGGUUCGCGCUUCAAGCCGAGGUCGAAGACAAACGACGGGAACAUCAUAGGCCGCAGCCGUAGCAGAGCCCCAAAUAACAGUGCCAAGCUCAUUAUGCAGACGGUUUUGCGAUGGCAGGGCCACUGCUGACUUCCCAGAUCUUGACUGCGCCGUCCAUGGACGCCGAUGCGAGCCGGGUCGAAUCACGAAGAGGGAGCCCAUCGCCGAGGCAAAAGACUCUCAACAGUAGGUUUGAAGGGUUGAGUUGAAAAGAGUGGUACUCACCGUCUCUGAGGCUCAUGCGCCCUUUGAGACCAUGAAAAGGAGCCUCGUCAUCUUCCUCGUCAUCUUCCUCGUCGAUCGACUCAUGAACUAAUUACCCGCGCACAUAAUCAGCUCACCACCAGCAAGCAACAACCCGAGAUGGUCACACAAAAGCCAU